UCCGGGUCUGGAGACACUGAGGCGGCGGCGGCCGGGCUGGAACGAGCGGGCACGGAGCGCAGUGGACCCGGGAUGCUGGAGGAUGCGGAGCCGCGCUGAGCCGCAGCCGUGAAGACAGCGCGCGGCACCAUGAAGACCCCCAUGCGCCAUGGGGUAACCGUGCUUCUCGUGCUUCUUCUGUGCGCCAGCUUGGUCCUCGUGUACAACGGAGGCUUCAACAUCGCUACCAGGGACGCUAACGACACCCGCACCCGACAGCAUGAGCAGCUGCGGCGGCCCACCGAGGCCCCCCCCGCCGCGGUGGCCCUCAAGCCUCAGCCCCCCGUGCUCCAGGGAUACAGUGGGAUCAUCGACCAUAAGCCUCUGCGGAUGCACUGCCAGACCUGCGCCCUGGUGACCAGCUCCGGUCACCUCCUCGGAGGCGGGAGGGGUGAGGAGAUCGACCAGGCCGAGUGCGUCAUCCGCAUGAACGACGCGCCCACCGCCCGGGGGUACGCCCGGGACGUGGGCCGCCGCACCUCCCUGCGUGUCAUCGCUCACUCCAGCAUGCAGAGGGUCCUGCGGAGCCGCCACGAGCUGCUCAACGCCAGCCAGGACACGGUGUUCGUCUUCUGGGGCCCCAGCAGCUACAUGAGGCGCGACGGGAAGGGCCUGGUGUACAACAACCUGCGGCUGAUGAACCAGGUGCUGCCCAAGCUCAAGGUCUACAUCAUCUCCUGGCAGAAGAUGCUGCAGUUCGACGAGCUCUUCAAGAAGGAGACGGGCAAAGACAGGAGGAUAUCAAACUCGUGGCUGAGCACCGGCUGGUUCACGAUGACCAUCGCCCUGGAGCUGUGCGAUAGGAUCAAUGUGUACGGCAUGGUCGCCCCGGACUUCUGCAGGGAGCCUCAGCACCAGUCCGUCCCCUACCACUACUACGAGCCCCGGGGCCCGGACGAGUGCGCCAUGUACAUUUCCCACGAGCGCGGGCGGCGGGGCAGCCACCACCGCUUCAUCACGGAGAAGCGGGUCUUUGCCAGCUGGGCACGGACGUUUGACAUGCACUUCUACCAGCCGGACUGGAGCCCCCCGCCCCUGCCGGCCAACCGGACGCUGCAGGGGGGGGCCACGGGGGAGCCGCUGCUGCCCCAGAAGACGUGACCGGUGCUGCGAUGGAGAAGCACACGGUAGAAACCAGCAUCAGGACUGAGGAAAGGGGGGGGCAGCCGACUCUCACAGAGAGGAUAACACACGACGUAGGCAAGAGAAAGUAGUUCUCCAUGGAUGAAGGGCGAGGCCGCUGGUCUGUAGCUCCGGCACUGAGCUCGGUUUUCUGAGGUGAACCAAUUGAAAGUUGUACAUCCCUGUUUGGAAAACCUUGUGAAGUGAGGUUACACAAGUGGGGAACAUCAUCACACUCUCCACUCUCAAUGCAUGCAGUGUCUUACUGUGGAUCCUCCCUGUCUUUGUGCAUAUACACGUGUUUGUGUGACUGUGUGUGACUGUGUGUGACUGUGUGUGUGUGUGUGUGUGUGUGUGUGUUUACCACAGAGGUACAACAGAGGAUACAAGUUGGGUGUAAGCUCCCCACAAAGCCUUUAUUGGAUAACGGCUCUGUGCAGGAUUCACUGCGUACAGCCCAGUGAAAGAGAAAUACCAUCACAAUGCAGCGCUGGAGAACCUGGAGGCUGACUGGUAAUAAUAGCCUGGUUUGGAUUAGGCUGUUCGAGGGACUGAAUUAUUACUGUUCAGACGCCAUAUUCUCCUGCAGCUUUUCAAAGAUUGAAGAGGUCAAGUGAACGUGAGGCUUCAGCCUCCUGCUUCAUGCAACGAGGCCCCGGCCCCUGAGAAGGAGGCUUAGAAACCACCUCCCUGACUUUCAUUCAUUCUGCUGUGUGCAUUGUGAGCGCACUGAAGUGUCCCUCAAGUCCAACUCUGCAAAGGUGCAUUAUCUGGCUGAGAAACUGGAGCGUGUAAAGAGGGUUUAGCCUGUGUGUGUCUGUAUGUGUGUGUGUGUGUGUGUGUGUGUGUGUCUGUGUGUGUGUCUGUUUGUGUGCACACUUCCUCUGGCCGCAUACAUAUGUAUCAUAAGGCUUUGGCAGCACCUGUCACCAGUUAAUAAUGUGAUUUUUUUAUCACUACAAGCUGCAUUUCCAUGUAAAUGCACGGCCACGCCACACAGGACGAGUGGGAGAUGAAGAUGGAGAGCGGAGACGCGGCGGAGGCAUCCAUCUUGCCACGCUCACCUGCCGCCGAUUCUCCCAACUGCCUCCAGAACGACACGGCUCGGAGGAACACUUGAUUUUUAGUUUUAUUGUAGGACUCAUGAGUAUGUGAUCUGUCACUCUCCUCUCUGGAUUGUGUUUUAUGUGCUGUCUCCUCUCAUUUGGUGGAGUCGAUGCUACGUGUGCACCGCCUCUCUCUCUCUCUCUCUCGCUCGCUCUGAGCUCCUCCAGUUCUCCUCCUCCUCUGCUCGUCCUCCAUGAAUAAGAAUCAGGUGUCAGUCAGACACAGACACUUGUUCUUAAUGAUACAUCCUGGUGCAGAGUCCCUAUCGAUUCCUUAUAUCUCUGUAAUGUGAGUAAUGAGGGGACAGGUGCUGUGGGUCACCAGCUGUGUUGCUUUUCCAUUCAUCAGCAGCUGCAGGAGUUUCCCUUUGCUUUUGUUUCCCGGAGGAGUCGACUCGUCUGUGAACGGCUGUGGGAAAAUGUGAAUUAGUGAUAAAAACGACCAAAAAUACAAUUAUCUAGUGAAACCGAACCAGAGAAGCAGCAAAUCCUCACACGUCACAAAGUGAAGCCAGAGAAAUGUUUGAGAUUUUGCUCGAUGGAUAAUUUCAAAAGGAAUUGUUCAACUUUUCACUUUCACGUCUGUAAAGUAAAUAUGUAGAAAGAGCUCAUGAAAGAUGAGCUUAGUACCAUCGUAGAAGAAGUACUCAAACAAUUCUCAAGUUUAAGUACCACUUUCCCUUUUAUACUUCAGUUAAAGUAGGUACUUGUCUUUACAAAAUACUAGAAGUAUCAAAAGCAAAAGUAGCUGUAGAUUGUGGCCAAUCAACUGGUAGAACUGACUGACUUCCUGUCAUGGAAGGAGGCGGAGUCUAAUGACCUGCCAGCUCUGAUUGGAUAAAAAGACACAUUUCGGUGAGACAUUAAGGUGCAGCUCUAGUUGUCAUGCUAAGCUAAGCUACGCUAACUGGACACUCACUCAUAUUUACUGUUCAGACUCAGCAGUGAUGUCAACCGGAAGAUUUAACCCGAUAAAAUACAUUUUCCCAAAAUAUAACACAAUUCCUUUUUUUGGUGGCUGAAUAAUCAUAUUCAGCCACCAGUCGAUUGUGUUAACUUAUGUCAUGUCAGCACUUGUGUGCUCGUCUCUUUUUUGGUUGUUGUUGUUGCACAUAAUGGAAAAUGUCAAUCACCUCAAUAAAAUACUUUUUAUCUGUC